UAAUGUUCAGGGUGUUUGCAUUGGUUUGCAAUAAGCAUCGAGUCUAACAACCUCUUUCAUUAAAUUUGUGUUAAUUAAUUUUUCGUAAUCACUAAAAAGAAAAUAAAAAAAAAAAACAAACAAACAAACUAAAGUUUUAUUGUCAUUCUUGACAAUUUGUUAACAAUUAAAAAAUAAUAAUAACAAUAAAAAAUAAUAGUAAGUUAAAAAAAAAAUCAAAUAAUAAUAAAUAACCGAUUAAAAAUGGAUAAUCCAGAGGAAGUGUUACAAGCUCUCGAUGAAUUUUCUAAAAUGCGACCAUCUGAAAUUCCACGUGAACUUGAAGAUUAUCUUUGUUUUGUUGCUAAAACUGGUGAUCCAGUAUAUCAAUGGUCAUUAAUAAAACCAUUAUUUCGUGAAAAAUUAGUACGUGUGAUGACUGAUUUUUAUGAAAAUUGUCCGGCACUUGAUUUGGCAUCAAGCCCAAAUAUUGAGCAUUUUAAUUACGACAUUAUGAAAUGUAAUCUUCUUGAACUUUUGGAGUCAUUUGCAAGUGCCCCAUUUACUGUACAAAGGAUAUGUGAAUUAUUAACAUCACCACGUAAAGAAUAUAAUCGUGUUGAUAAAUUUAUGCGCGCUAUUGAAAAAAAUAUAUUAGUUGUAUCAACAAAAGAACCUGGUCCAGCAGCAAGACGAAGUGAAAAUGGUGAGAGUAUGUUAAAUGGAUCUAUUGAUGAUGAUAAUAAUAUAACACCAAACAAUCAAUCUUCACAAGAAGUUGAAAUGGAAUCAUGGGUUAAAGAUUGUACUACUCCUGAUGCUAAUUCAUCAUCACUUACAUCAUCGGAACAUGAUCAAUCAUUAGUUGAAACUAUUUUACCAUCAAAUAAAAUUUUAACUAAAGAUGUUAAUAAUUCAUCAUCGAUCGUUGAUGAUAAUUUAACAAUACAUGAUAAUAAUAAAGAUCAAUCAUCAAGAUUGGAAAUGACUGUGUCUAGUUUUAUAUCUGCUGCUCAUAUGUCUAAUACUCCAAUAACAUCAACUUCUGUUAAUGAUACUAUUGCUCCUGCUGCUCCUGCUACUACUACUACUACUACUAUUAAUAAUAAUAAUAAUAAUAAUAAUAAUAACAAUAUUUCAAAUGCCACAGAUCAAAUAUCACCAAUUGCAAAUGAUGUUCCUGAAGCAAUUAUAAAUGAAGAUACUAGCUCACAACCAAGCUUGGAUUCUGAAAAUGAUGAUUCAGAAUCAUCAAAUAAUAAUAAUAAAAAACUACAAACAACAUUUCAAUCAAAAGAUUUUCCUGAUAAAAUCAAUGACGAAAUUUCUGAUAAAUUUUAUACUGAUAAUGAUAAAAUUGUAAUUGAAUCAGCAUCAAUUAAAAAUGAUGAAUUAAGUAAAUGUAUUGAUGAUAAAUCAAAUCCAGAUAUAAAAGAUUAUGAUUCUAAAUCUGGUGAUGAAUCUAAAUCAUCUUAUGACAGUAAUUUAGAAUCAGGAUCACCAGAAAAACGUCAACGUUUAGAUAAUGAUUCAAAUAAUGAAUUUACAGAUAAUAAUCGUAAUUUCUCGGUUGUCACAUCACAAGAAAAAAUAGAAAUUAAUGACAAUAAUUGUCAAAUUGUCAGUGAUACGACAAUAAAAUGUGACAAAUUUCAAGAUACAGAUAAUUUAAUAGAUAAUAAUAAAAAUCUUAAUGAAAAUGAAAAAGAUUUAAAAUCAUCAGAUUUAAAUUCACAUGAAAUUCAAGCACAAUCAACAUUAUUUAUUACUGAACAAUCAACAGAAUUUACAUCAAAUGAUCCAAUAGAUAAUUCGGAAAAAUCAAAUGAAAAUGAUAAAAAUACACAAGAAAGUACUUCUGACGAUACUCCAAAACCAAUUAUUGAAGAACCUCCAGUAGAAUCAUCAUCUUCGUCGUCAUCUUCCUCUUCUUCAUCAUCAUCGUCAUCGCCAACCUCAUUAUCAAGUGAAUACACACAAGAGAAUUCAAAGGCUGAUAAAAAAAGUAAUAGUGUUAUUAUUCAAGAAGCGAUGGAUGAUGACAGUAAAUUUAAUAAUUCAUCAAUUAACGAUCCUAUUCCAAUUAUUGAAGAACCUAAAGAUGAAUUAAUAAAUAUAAAUACUGUACCAGUUAGUCAAUUAGAAGUAUCUGAUUAUAGAAAAGCUGAUGCUCUUACUGACGCUAAUGUUAAUGACAAUGAUAAUACUGCUGUUAAUGAUGGUAAUAAAUUACAAGCACCAACACAAACGGAACCAGAAACAGAAGAAUUAAAAGUAGAAAAUAAUAAAAAUUUAGUUAAUUUAGAUAGUAAUAAUGACGCUACUAUUGAAUUAAAUACUGAUUUAUUACCUACUAUUCCUGAAUUAUCAAGUACUCCAAUAGAAAAAGAAGAAUUAAUGGAAACUGAAUCAAUGGAAGUCGACAGUGAGGAACCUGUUCAAGUAUUUCAACAAGACGAACCAAUGGAACAAGAAAGUGGAGAUCAGAUAAGAAGUUAAUAAAUAAAUAUACACAUAUAUGUAUAUAUUCAUUUAUAUACAUAUAUUUAUAUAUUUAUAUAAAUAUUCUCAUGACUUAUUAUUUUUUUACCGUGGCUUAAACCCAUUGACAUUUAAAUAAAAAUAAAAUAUAAAAUUUUUGACAUAAAUUUUUCAUAAAACUUAGUACAUAUAUUACUCAUUAUUAUUAUUUUUUAAUAUUAUGUCAAUUUAAAACAAUUAUUUCUAAGAACUUAAUUUACUUCAAGAUAUGUGCCCCAAAAUUUUGAAA